CCUAACCCGAUCUUCAAUUAUUAUAAAGAAGGACGUAAUCUACUGAGUGGCUAUUCUGUCCUAUAUAGAUCUCGGUCGUGUAGUGAUCUCUCAGUCAGUCAGUGAGCGUUCGCAAGUUUUCUUAGGAGUUGUCCAAAGACUAGUUCAAACCUACUCAACUUCAAUAUGGAUCUCAGGAGCGCAUCCUUGGUCUUCCUGGUGGUAGCUAUGGUGCUAUCAUACUCCAUGGCUGAAUCUUUCGAGGUCGAUGAUGCCGUGAUGGAGGAAUUAUGGAACCCUUUUAGGAAGCUCUACAGAAAGGAGUGUAACGACGUAACCUCGUGCGACACCGUCAGCGGUGUGAAGACGUGCACGAAAAAAAAUUGUUGUCAUCGCAAGUUCUUUGGGAAGACAAUCUUAAAGGCGCCCGAAUGCACCGUCAUCAGUUGAAAGGCUGAAUACCAAUUUCCUCGACGUCUGGCAAAUGAACCCGGCGCUAUGAGGAUGACAAUGUUUACCAAGAUUAUAAUCAAUAUUAUUGCUUCAUUAUCUUCGUUACCCUUAUUAUUUAAAAAAUGUUAAUUUCUUAAGAAUGCACGAAGCAUUAAAGUAGAAAUUAACAUACGUUGUGACAGGGGUACUUUUUACAGAUCGUGACAUAAUCAUAGAAGUUAUCAAGUUCUAUUAUUAACAGCUGUUUUGCAAGCGGAAAAUAUCUAUAUUUUCUUGAAAAAGAAAAUCUAUAUUACCACGACCGACUGCAACAAUAUCAUCCUGUUCGAUUUUGAGUUUAUGAACAUAUUGUUCUAGAAUACUCUCGUGCAAUACAAUGGAGUUCAUUGAGAUGUUGUUUUGGAUAUAAUGCAAACAUUACAGCAAUAUACUUUCUGGAAGAGAUUGUAAUUCUUCAGAAUUUACCUCUUUCUCUUACCCAACUGUUGUUAUAUUUAAACACUUUGCUAGUUCAUGUUAUCGUAAAAUUGUUUUGAAAUAAAUAUUGUGUCUUUGUGCACGGGGAUUCAUUGUCAAGAAAGUAGUCCACAUUCUUAUUUGUGUUUACUUAAAAGAAUGUACAGG